AUGGAGCGAUUCAGGAACUUGUUGGGCGGCGGUGGCAUGGGUUUGGGAGGAGUUACUCCAGGCACGGACAACAUUAGCUUGAUCGAUAACUCAGAGACAGUCUACAUCUCAUCCUUAGCCCUGCUGAAGAUGCUCCGACACGGCCGAGCAGGUGUGCCGAUGGAAGUCAUGGGUCUCAUGCUGGGCGAGUUCGUCGAUGAUUUCACAGUCAAGGUCAUGGACGUGUUUGCCAUGCCCCAGAGUGGAACAGGUGUCAGUGUUGAAGCCGUCGAUCCCGUAUUUCAGACCAAGAUGAUGGAUAUGCUGCGGCAAACUGGAAGACCAGAGGCUGUCGUCGGAUGGUACCACUCGCAUCCUGGAUUUGGCUGCUGGCUCUCUUCUGUUGAUAUCAAUACUCAGCAGUCGUUUGAGCAACUGAAUCCCCGUGCAGUGGCUGUCGUUGUCGAUCCUAUACAGUCUGUAAAAGGCAAGGUCGUCAUUGAUGCUUUCCGACUCAUCAACCCACAACUACUCAUGAUGGGUCAGGAGCCCAGACAGAGCACAAGUAACCUGGGCCACUUGAACAAGCCGUCCAUCCAGGCUUUGAUCCACGGACUCAACCGGCACUACUACUCGAUUGGCAUCAACUACCGCAAGACAGCACUAGAAGAGAAUAUGCUCAUGAACCUCCACAAGCACGUAUGGACGGAAGCUCUAGAAAUGGAUGAUUUCCGGACAGAGGGACAGAAGAACAAGGAGCGUCUGGAAAGACUAGUCAGCCUGGCAGAUGGCUAUGAGAAGAGAGUCAAGGAGGAGACUGAGCUGACCAAGGAGCAGCUCAAGACCCGCUACGUUGGCAAGCUGGAUCCCAAGAAGCACUUGGAGGAUGUGGGCCAGGAGCUGAUUGAGGACAACAUUGUGUCGGUGUCGAGGCAGAUGAUUGACAAGGAGGCGACGAUGCCAAAGAAGAACGGGGCUCUGGGAGCGGCAGCCCAAUCAAGUGAGGAUCAGAUGGAGACGGAGGAGGAGUUAUAA